CACAGACAGCCGGUGCGGAGAGAGAGAGAGAGAGCGAGCGAGCGAGAGAGAGACGCUAUUACUAGUGACAGAAAACGGCAGCGAGCACAUACAGUCUGGAGAGCAGUUGAUGCGACAAGAUGCUGAGCGUCGCCUUGCUGUGUGUGUGCGCCGUCGCCGUUGGACACGUCUCCGCUCGCUCCGACAGCGGCAAUUUUUUGGAUGACAAGUGGCUCGCGGGGCGAUGGGAUAAAUUCAGAGAUGAGCCUGGAACAUGGACUCCAUCCAAGCCCUUCGAUCAAGGCCUUGAUCCAGCCAAAGACCCCUGUCUUAAGAUCAAAUGCAGUCGCCACAAGGUGUGUGUGGCUGAGGAUUAUAAGACUGCCUCUUGUGUCAGCCAGAGGAGAGUUAGUUUUAAAGAUGCCAGUUUGUAUCAGAGUCCGGGGUCGAAGUGCAAACCCUGCCCUGUGGUCCACCCCUCUCCCGUCUGUGGAACUGACGGCCACACCUACUCCACCAAGUGUAAGUUAGACUACCAGGCAUGCAUCACAGGAAAGAAGAUUGCAGUGAAGUGUCCUGGCAUGUGUCCUUGCCCCGCUCAGCCUGAACAGAGCUCUGCAGAGAAGAAAGUGUGCAGCGAGUUGGACCUAAAGGAGGUGGUGAGUCGUCUGAGAGACUGGUUCAGGGUGCUGCAUGAGAACGGCAACCACAAGAGAGUCAAGAUCUCAAAGCCAGAGAAGAACACAGAGUUUGAGGUCGGGGCCUCGCCGAUUUGUAAGGACCCCCUGGGCUGGAUGUUCUCCCGGCUGGACACAAACUUUGACCUCCAGCUGGACCAAUCAGAAAUCAAGAGCCUCUACCUGGACAGGAACGAGCCGUGCUCUGAUGCGUUCUUCAAAUCCUGCGACACACAUGCCGACAAAGUUAUAACCAGCUCCGAGUGGUGCACAUGCUUCCAGAGGUACACAGACUCCCCUUGUAAAGCAGAGCUGUCCAGUAUCAACAAAAAGCAAGUGGGGAAGAAACUGCUGGGUCAGUAUCUGCCAUCCUGUGAUGAGGACGGUUACUACAGGUCCCACCAGUGUCACAGCAGCAGCGGCCAGUGCUGGUGCGUGGAUCGCUAUGGCAACGAGGUGGCCGGCUCACGCACCCAUGGCCCGGCAAACUGCGGCGUGAUUCUGGAGUCCUCUGGAGACCUCGGCAGCGGAGACUCGCUGUUCACUGACGAUGACGAAGAUUCCUUUGUCCUCAACGACCAGGCCGGGAUGGACGACGAAGACGAGGACGACGAGGAUGACGAUGACGACAACGACGAAUACCUGUCGUAAUUUUGAAAAAGAAAACAAAAAAAAGAAAAAAGAGAAAACUGUUUGUUUGGUCAAACUGCACGUUUCUAGGUGACUCCCCAGGCAGAUACUUAAUCGUACUAACAGCCUAUGGACUACUCUCUGUGUAUUGUUUGUUCAUUAGUAAGAAAAAAAAUAUUCCUGGCAAACAUUUAUGAUUUCUCUUCCUCUCUAAGUAUAAAAUAUGAUUGGUUAAUGGCACUUGUUCACUUGCGUGUCAGCCAACCAGAGAACAUGACAAGGACUAAUCAACAACCAAUCCAGUGCUUUGGAUUUGGUCACGUGUGCAACGACCUCUCCCUUCAUUGGACAGUCCAUGUCUUCUAGUGUGUCCUGUCCUUGUGCAGCACUCUGAUGCCCGAGUGUGUUGAUGCCUGAGGCGCAAUGUUAAAGAGUUUUCCCCCCUCUCCAUUCCUUCACCCCCACCAACCCUUCUACUCCUUAUCAAAUGUUCCUGUGUAUAGGUGGGAUGUUGAUGAUGUAGAUAAGAGAAUAUUGCACUCUUUAGGUUUCUUUUGAUCUUGAUUUGUAACUGUGACUGUAACUGUGUGGAAAAAGAAGAUAAGAGUUAGACAUGCUUCAUUAGGAGAGUUAAGGCAAAAAAAAAAAAAAGAAAAAACCCACAGUGUCAGCUGGAUAACAAUCAGAACCGACAUGCUAGCUGUUUUCACGGAGACACAAAUCAAGUCAAAUCAUCUCAAAGGCUCGGCAACAAGGACAGACAGAUUACUGCUUGGCCGGCGGUGUUCGGGGGGAAAUAUUAUUAUUAUCUAUUUUUCUAAUCCAUUGUUGGAUGAAUACAGAAGAUGAAACAGAUUUGCCGUGGCAUGUCUAAUAGUGCGUGAUGUCGUUUCAGUCUGUAGAACCAGAGGCUAAACCUUUGUGGAACUGGAAAACCCACAUAAUGGAGCUUGAGGGUGAAAAAUCCCCUCAGGCGUGUUCGGAUGAAACUGCACUUGCUUAGUUAAAAACUUUGUGAGCCACAAGUCUGUGCGAUAAGAAAUGUUUACGUACCUUUAAUAUGCCAGCGAGCUCAAAGAACACCUCGCCGCGGCUCACGUCACAGCAUCAGCUCCAACGGGAACGUGCUCUUUGAUGUUUAAAAUUCUUGUACUUAGCAUAGUUUGAACACGCAGUGUAACAGAAUAAAUCUCUUGCACAGUAAUAAAACCACAGAGCCAUGCAGACCUGUUGAAAAUGUCUGGCGGGGGAUAAAGGGAAAGGUGUGCCUUUGACUGGUGAGGACGGACGGCGGGAAUGGCGGGAGAAGCAUGCUUACGGGAUCGACUUAAACUCGUCUUGACACUGCAUAAGAGUGGCUUCGCUGUCAAGCUCGGACACUGUUUGGGUUUUGGUAUGGCUUGUGUUCUGGGUCUCUCUUAUGAUGGUGUUAAAUAGGCCAUAUUUCAGAUCUUUUGAUUUGUUACAUAGGAUAGCUAGAAUGUAGAGAAGCACAGAUAUACUUAACAGUUAAGGCAUAAAAACACUUAGAUUCUGCUGGAUUUGAAAAUGGUUUAUAUAUUAGUACACGGGCUAGAGGACGCUUUGGUUUAGACAGCUUUAUAUGAAAAAAAAAAAUCAUCUUACAGUGUUUUGCUUUGACUUUGUUUUAAAAGCUUGAUUUGUACCUGAUAUGCUCUAACUACUUAUAGUGUAUAUCUGUCAGGGUUGAAAUGUGAAGCAGAUCCCAGAUUUGUGUAUUCUUGAUAAGUCUUGUGACUGUUUAUGCAGACCUCGGAUUUGCUGGGUUAAUUUUCACUUAAUAAUUCGCCGUCGGGCUUCAUUUUGAAUCUGUUGAAAUUCCAGGUUAAGACCUGAAAAGUGCCAUCUAACUGUCCAAUAGUUUUUGUUUGUUUGUUUGUUUGUUUUCGCUCCCCUCAUUCCUUUUAACUUGGAAUUUCAAUUCACUUUUCGAACUGGAAAACAUUUCAGUCUUAAAGUGUGCUGUUUCAUGAGUGUGAUGACAUGCAAAUCAUUUUGAUGACCUCAGACACUGUAGCCACUCUCAACCAAUCACACACUGUCAUCACAGCUCUGAUAGCGUUUUAAGGUUAUGAUACAGAUGCAUUUUUUACAGUGUAUGUAUGAUUUGCUGAAAUAAAAGCUAUAUUGACCAAUGUU